AAGUGGGCCGUCUACGACGAUCGGCAACUCAGUUAGUCUGUCGGUUUGUACCUUAUUGGCUGUUUCAGCCUGUUUGUUUAGGAAAUAUUUGGCAAAUAUGCUAUAGUGUAAAAAGUGGCGAGUCACUCUUUCGUAUAAUUUUUCUCAACCGUCUGUCGCCUGCGGAUGGGAUGCUACUAGUGGACGUGAGCUGUCUACUAAAAGGGUACUGUUCUUAAUGAAUAAUUUCGAGCUGAAGUACACUGUUCCAUGCCUUGAUGGGCACAUGUUACUCAAGUAAGAGCAAGUCAGCCUCGCAGCCGUACUCCUCUGCUCCCAUGUCGGCAUCCUCUUCACAAGAUAGUGCGCUACGUCUACCACGAGCCACGCCUUACACAAGGGGGACUGUUGCUCCGAUAGAUACAUCGGAGGUAAACUUCAGACGUUGCAUUCCUCCCCCUACUAAAUACCGUGCCAACCCUUCUCAAUCUGGAAAUUUGCAAGGCAAAGCCAAUGUCACAGUGACAACAGACUUUGCAGACAGGAGCAGGAGAGCUGUUACUGACAAUGCUGAUGUGAACAACCCCAGCUUCAAUAACAACUUUGAGGAUGGAAGCUCAUCCCAAGAUUUCACAAACUUUAAAAAGGAUGCUGUCGAUAGUGGUACAUAUAAUGUAACGGACAGCUGCUCAUUGCAACUUAAAACAGAGGGGGCCAAGGUGUCUUCCGAGAACUCGGAACAGAUGCGCAUUCAGUAUGGCGCCACCAAAAUCCCAACUAAGAUUACAGCACACCUGAGUGGGCUCCCCAAACCUCAGGUUGCUGUUGUGACAACCAGAGUGCCACCUGUGCCGCAGAGGGCUACAAGUGAGAAGUUACAUGCAGCCGCUCGCAUGCCCAACCAACCAGUGGGAGAGGCUGCUGCUGCAGAAAAGCGGGCUGGUUGCCAGCACCGGGUGUCACCGGAUAAGGAAAGCAUUUCAGACAGGAGCCACAGCGGAGACAGCGGUAGCACCGACUACGACUCUGGUCUGGGCCACUCUCUGAGUGACCCACCUGCUGGCAGUGAGAGUGGCGGGAAGGCUCAGAGCAGCAGCACGACGCUACAGGUGGAGUCAUCGCCUGUUCUAAAGGAGGCCGUGGGUGUAGGAAAGGAGUUGGACUCGGCUGUGCUGCCCACAACGCUCCCUGUUGGAGCACAACUGACUACAGCCGAUGGAUCUGCCUCCAAGAUGGGUGUGUAUGACCAGCCGGACUCCUACGCGGCAUACCGGGGAAUCCUGUCUUAUCGGCGCAUCACCCCUAUAAAGAAGUAUUCAGAGACUCCUCAGUGGAAGCGGUCUGUUGAACCAAAGAUCACAAAGGGCUUCAGCAGCCCCACUCGGGCUGUCAUUGCCAAGGGAAUACUGACCAAGGGAGCCAAGGCAGCAAAGGAUUGCUCACCAGAGCAGAAGAGAGAGGGAGUUGCAAAAGGACCAUCAACGAUGUCAGCUCCACUCAGCCCCCCAAACAAGGAAGAGAAGAGUGGUGGGUUUCUCAGUCCCACAUCAGAUGGCUUCCUAAUCGAUGAUGACAUCUCCGAUCAGCCUGGUCUGAUUGCUCUCGAGCGGUCUAGAGGAAGAGGGGCACCAUCAGUCAAGAAGUCCAUCUUUGAACUGCAUGCUCUACAGUCAUUCAGUGGGCGACAGACUAAAGUUGACCGAACAUUGGAUGACCUCCACCCCUUAUGUUCUGAUGCUGGAUCGUCUUGUUCAAGCCUGGGUUCCGAUGACCUUAUGCUGGACUUUGAAACUCCAUGCAAGGAUUCCCCAGAAAUUGCAUCCAGUCCUGCUGUUAAAUAUGCUGGAACACAACUGAGAAGGGUGGCACGUCCAUCUGUUGCUUCACAAGCAGAAAAGAGGAACUCGUGGGACAGUAAUCACUCGGAUGAAGGGGCAGCCUUGCGCCGAGCUUCUGACUCACUUGCAUCUCGAUGGCCUCUGAAAACCCCAUCCAGUGCAACAGCAGCUGAAGCACGUCCGCGUACCGUCAGCUUGCCACUGCGGCCUCCUCGUCAGGUGGUGAUGCAAGAGUGUGAUGAUGGUGGUGUGAAGUUAGACUCAUCUUCAUACCGGUCAGUGUGCCAGGACCUCAAUGGACUCAAGACUAUGCUCCUCAAGCUACGCCGCAUACUACAGGAUGCUGAGACGCUAAAUCCCUUCGAAGUCUCAAACACUAAGAACUAUUUCUAUCAUGCGCUGGCUAGUACUGAUCUGCCCCAUGGUUUUACGCACACUCCAACUGGCGACACGCCUGAUUUCAACCCCAUUGAUCCCAAUGAUGUUUUGCAGGAAAAUAUGGACCUCAAGCGGCAACUCAUUCUAAUGCAGCAGCAGCUGGAAGACAAGGACCGCACAAUUCACCUUCUUCAGCAGCAGAUGACCAAAUACAUGGACAUUACAAACGUUGAAAAGGAUCCUGUUAAAGUCAAUGUUGCAGUACAGACAGAAAGGCCAAAAUUUCUUCAAAGCAUCUCAUCUUCGGAGGAGGGUUCUUCUCAGGGGCGUUUAGUCAGUUCUGAUAUGAAGAAUGCCCUUGAAGAGCAUUUCAAGUCAAGUUCCAUUUGCCAUGCAGCUUUUCGCAACAAGAUUGAGGAUGUGUCCAAGAGUCUGAGCAACAUCACACAGGCUUUGCGGCUGCAUAGUUCAAAGCCACACCUGCCUAGCAGGUCUCAGUCAAGCUGGGAACUACUUUCGUGAUCUAACAGGUAGUUCCGUUGGUGCCACUUCAGCAGUCUGUGGUGUAUGUAUUUCCAGGGAUAUAUUUUCAAGAGGUCAUAUCUUUAUGUUCAUAUCUUUUACUAUUUCUGGAUUUUAUUUUGUUUCAGUGUGGUGUUUUCAUGUUGCAUUCAUGAAUUUGUUGUUGUAAAAUGUGCGGACACUAGGCUUGACUUACGGGACCCUUGCAGUUAGGUUUCAGCCAAAGAAAUUCUACUUUAUUUGAGUAUGAGCAGUGGUGAAAUUAAAAAAGAAAAACAAAGGCACUGAUGUCAAUCUACAUUACCUUUUAUUUGAACCCAAUUUCAAUGUUUCUGUUGCAGGAAACAUGAUUUAACAUAGCUCAUUGGGCAUUUGCCUAAUGUAGUAUUCUGCCCUGAGGCAUCAAAUGUGCAUUCACUGUGCCAGUCGUGCGUGGGUGCUUGGUACUUCAUGGGAGUGGACCAUUGUAGUGUAUUGCCUUUGUGUUAUGUUAAAGGGCUAUGUGAUGGUUAUGUAGCAUUUCUCAUUACAAAAGAGCCAGGUGUGUCAUGUUACACUACUUGACCAACAUUGGCUGUAUGUCUUAUGCAGCAAUACAGUACCGCAACCUUAGCUCUUCUUUUGCAGUUCUGUCAUGUCAUAAAAUUGACUUUUCAUUUAUUGCCUUUACUGUUCUGUCUUGCAAAAGGGGACAAGGUUUUGGGGGGAUUUACUAUGGCUGCUUGUUUUUGUUGGUUUUAUUUCUGUGAAGCCAUUUUUAUAUGUUAACUUCUGUCGGCAGAGUGCAGAUCAUUGUUGGUAUUCUUGCCACAUGCUGCCGUUAACCAGUAACUGUCACAGCAGCAGCAGCAGCUUCUCGUUUUGAGAAUGCACUUUGUGUGCUUCAAGCGACAUUUUUCAUUCCAGGGCAGCUUUUCUGCUACAAUUUUUUAUUGCUGCAAAUUUAAGGUUGAGCAGUUUAGACCAAGAUAAAAUACAUAAAUGUAGAGACAUUAUCGGUAUGAUGCCGUAAGCAGCUAAAUGUAAUCUUGGUUACUGAAAGUGUAAUAGCAGCAUGUGGUGGAUUUAUUUUCGAACAUACAAUAUGUAUAUCUUUUAUAAAGACUUAGGGGCAAACAAGCACGUUUGCUUUGAGUGGUUACGAAGCUUUUCGCUUUAUUUAGGUGGUCUAGUUCUUGAUGAACACGCUUGACAUAUCCGUCGUCAUGCAGUAACUUGCUGUUACUGUAAAGCGGCUAUGUUGUUUUUUUCUUUCUUGCAUGCCCCAUUGCUGGCAAGGUUAUAGUUGCUUGUUUUAUCCAUACCAGUGCACAGUGUACUACUCUUCAAAUCUAAAAAAGCAUGAGGUGAUGUGGAAUUUGUUUUGGCAGAGGCUAUGGCAUGUGUAGCUAAAAAAAUAUAUUCUGUGUUGGUAACAUGGUCCCAUGCUUAAUAUCUUAUGAGAUACCUUGAGAUGCAAUUAUAAGCAGCUUAUUCAUGUGACGCCGACUAGUAAUUUUUUUCUGUACAGGGCUGCAAUGUAUGCGUGUGCAAUUUAAAGUAGCAGCCCUGUUGUGUUGCAGCAUUUCACCUGACUAUUUGAAAAUCCUGCUCUAAUAUAGCUUGGUACGUUAUGUAUAUAUGCUGCACAUUUCCCCAGGUUUACUGUUCCAGUACAUGGUAAUACAUCACUGGUUUAUGUUUAUAUUCCACACAUUCUAAGUUCAUUGUUGUGUUCCAGCAUACUCAUAGGCUUGAAACUUUGUACAAUAUUUCUGUCUAGUACGCACAGAAAUCUCAUCCAAGUGUGUCGAUUUGUAAAUUCAGGUGUACUAUUUUAUUGAAAAUUGUUUUUGGGGGUAAGGCAGGUGGGUAGGCUAGAGAAGGGAAACACAUAAUUUAAGUUCAACUGAAUGUACCUAUUUCAUUUUCUUUUUUUCCUUCUUUUUUAUCAUUGCGCACAAUGCAGGGCUUUCAUGUUAGUGGCAUGAAUAUGCAGAAUGGUUACGGUUUUGUUUUUUCACCUUUUAUAGCAUAAUCAAACCUUUCUUUCUGAACACCUUUGCUAGGGUCAGCAAGGGAAAAGUACAGAUUUUUUAGUCAGCCUGUCAUUCAGGCCAUUGAGAGAUUGCAAAGUGAGCAAUGAGAUAUUACAUAGUAUUUUGUUAAAAUGUUCGUGUUCACCUCUGGUAGCUUUCAGUGUACUUACCACUUUCAAUGCAUUCCCUCCACAUACUAAAUAAAAGGCUGGCUUAUCUGCAAUGUGAUCCUAAUGUAUCAGAGGCAUACUUUCCACAAAAAAACUUAAGCCAUGAAGUCUGCAAAUUCAAGGUUCCUGUGUUAUUUUGUACAAACAGCUGUCUCCAUUCUCAUUCCCUUCAUAUACUACAUAAUGAAAGGCUGACUUAUCUGCAAUAGGAUCCUAAUGUAUCAGAGGCAUACUUUCUGCAAAAAACUUAAGCCAUGAAGUCUGCAAAUUCAAGGUUCCUGUGUUAUUUUGUACAUACAGCUUUCUAUAUUCUCAUAAUCUAAUGGUUCACAUUGAAUUGACUUGCGAGCUUUUGCUGACAUCUUGCAGUAUGUUCCUGGAGUUUGACCUCUUGUUAUGGCAAAAUAAUUGGAUGUUAGGGAAACUGCAGCAAUAGUUCAGAGAAGGAAAAGAAUAAUUCUGUGCACUGAUUGUAAAUGACAUUGUUAGAGCGAUCAAAAAUAUUUAUGUGGUGUGGAAACAGUUCUCAGUAGUUUAUAAGCUAGCGAGAAUAACUGCUUAUGCUGUGGCUUUGGUAGAAGUAGUAGCAGCAUCUAGAAAGCAGUAUUGUUUUGCCAUAUUGGAACUUCGCAGUGGUGGUGGUGGUCAGGUACUGCAUAUUGCAUGCUUGAAGAAUUCAAGAGCUGAGCCUUGAGCUUUUAAUGCAUUGCUCUGGGGAUACAGUGCUGAAAGAAAUUGACCUCAUUGUUUCAGUGAUUUUCUGUACCCAGAUAGCAACAAAGCAGCCAAAUUGUUUCAGUAUUCCUAUUUUGCGUUCUUUGGUGAACUUGAGUCAGAAGUGUCAUGCUGCAGGGAUGCCAAGGUACAAGUAGUAUGCAGGGUGUUGCCACAGCAAGUGGAGGUACCUGUUUUGACAAAAAGGUGUCGCAACCGCAACCACGCUGGUGCCAUCAGCCUAGUUAAUAACUACACAAUUUAUUGGCUGACUUUUCCGUUGCGAGCUUCGUUGAGUCGUUGCAGUCACAGAAAUGGGGAGCGCCAGACCGCAUAGCGAGUGCCAUGCGAAGGCGUCUUCAGCUCUCCAGUUGUGUUGUGAAACGCCAACGCUGUUCUGAAACUUCAAGGCAGCUUGGAAUGGGAACACUGCCCACGAGUUAACGGCUCGCGUAAUUUUUGGCUUCCGCUUCACCUGCUAUCUGCACCACCUCCCCGAACGGCCGCGGUGUGGGUCUGACAGCCAUUGCUUAUCGCCCGCGGCUUGUGCACCGCUUGUUGCUGUUGUCCCCAGCGCUGCUCUGCACGAUAGAGCGGCUCCUAGCCUCCCUAGUGCAGUGCAGUGUCUGUUAGUGCGGGCCUAAAUUACGCGAGCUGUCGUGUAUGCAUUUCUGCUGUGUCGUAACUUCUCUUCGAGUAACAACCGAGAUGCCCCUGCGCCAAAGGCAGGCUUUAUUUUAAUGACUGCAAUGUAGAAAUUGAUAUAUGAGAAAGAGCAUGUGGAUCUCGCCCUGUUGACCUCGCUCUGUUUAAAUCGGUCUGCUAUAAGUACCAGCGUGGUCGUGUAUGUUGCGCUUGCCUUUUUUUCUUAAUAUAAAUGUAACCUUGACACUCUGCUGAAGCGCCAUGUAUGAAGCAUUUGUUCAUGUUCGGGUGUGCGGAUUUUUGCACCUUCACGAUGACACACACGCUUUGGUGGUCAGCUUUGUUCUCAAUUCUUUUAUUUUUUGUCGGUGUAAAUAAAGAGAAGCAUUUCCUUGAA